CUGAAUACUACUAAGAUAACUAAACUUAUACUUACUACUACUUAUGUAUAAGCACGCAAGUCAGAGGCGGGGCAGUCCCACAUCCCGCUCGGGACCGAUAGAUCGAUGAUCGACCCAGCUGUCAUCGACUUUCAACAUGGGACUUUAGUAAACAGGCCAAUGGGCAUUUUCCCAUUCUAGAAUGCGCUAGCUAAAGUCGCCUAUCACCUAUCUCUCACGUAAAACUUUAAGUGAGAUACGAUUCAUCUUGUUGCUAUAUCUAUCUCAUCCGCGCCAGGAGAGACAGCACCAAUUCAAACUGUAACAUCAUCAUCCCUCCUCCAAACAACCUAGUACUUUCUCAACUCCUCCUCAAGCAAGUCCACAAUAUCAACUCCUAGUAUCAGAACAUCAUAAAAGACAAUGACAUCUCAGCCACGCAAGAUCCUCGUAGUAGGAGCCACAGGCCAACAAGGCAGCGCUGUGCUCUCAGAGCUCUCACACAUCGCCACUACAUCAAAAUCUCUACAAAAUGUCAAGAUCCUCGCCUUAACGCGCAAAGCUUCAUCGAAAGGCGCACAAUCUCUCGUUUCCAAUUAUGGCAAGAGUCUAAAUCUCGAAGUCGUAGAAGGCAACACAAAGGACCCGGAGCCCAUCUUCGCGGCUCACAAAGACAUCGAUGCCGUGUUCUCAUACACGACAAUGCCGGUUACCGAGGAGGAGGAGCAGGCCAAGCCGCUAAUCACAGCAUCAGCGAAGCACGGUGUGAAACACUUCGUGUAUAGCAGUGUCGAGCGCGGCGGCGACGAGCGCAGCUGGGAGAAUCCUACCGAUGUGCCGCAUUUCAUAACGAAGCAUAAUGUUGAGCUUCAUCUACGCAAAACAUGCACAGAGAACCCCUCCAUGAAAUACACCAUUCUCCGCCCCGUAGCAUUCAUGGAUAAUAUGAAUCCUACAUCAGGCUUCGGGCCCGUCAUGGCAGCUAUGUGGCGCACUCUACCGCUGGACACCAAGCUGCAAAUGGUCAGCGUGCGCGACAUCGGCGUCUUCGCCGUGGACGCACUGCUUCGCCCGGAGAAGUACACGAACCGCGCCCUUGGCCUCGCGGGCGACGAACUGACGCUGCUCGACGCGCGGUCCAUCUAUCGCAAGGUCUCGGGUACCCAGCUGCCGCAGGCCUGGACGAUCGUAGGAUACGGCAUGCGCUGGGCUAUCAAGGAGCUUGGGCGGAUGUUCAAUUUCUUCGACAAGGAGGGGUACGGGGUUGAUAUUCAGAAGCUUAGAGCCGAGGAGCCGCGGUUACAGGAUUUCGAGACCUGGUUGAAAGAGGAUAGUACGUUUGACUGUGGGAAGGGGAGAAAGUAGGCGCGUGUGACUCGCACAGACUCUCAACCCCGCUCCCCUAUUGUUCAUCUUGGAGACCAGCGUUGAGGGAUGUAUUAUAUGUAUUCAUAUACCAGUAGGCCACAAAUACCGGAUAGGUUAUCAAUCCCCAACGUUCCCGUCGCUGUGUCUUGUCCUAAAAUAUUUG